GCGAUGCGGUCCGUGAGCGUCUGCCCGGACAUUUGGACCCCCUCUGGAAUGCUUCACCGCAGGAGAAACAAUCAAUCUAUAUAUCGCCCACCGCAGCUUCCCAGGUGGUUCUGCAGCAAACAGGCCUUUGACCUUCUUCUUGCCUGGUUUGGAUGGAAACGACACAGGAAAUGUGGUAUUUGUUUCAAAUGGGGCUUCGUGCUGAUAAAAAAUGAGUUUCUUGUGGUUCGACUUACGUGACUUGCUCACGGCUUGUCCGGUUUUCGGCAACCACGGUGCGCCUUCAGCACCUCGGACAGCUAAAGCCACUCGGUUAUGUAACACCCCACUAGCGGUGGGAGCCCUGCAGCUGAUAUUAAGCCCCCAAAUGUGUGAAACUAAAUAACACACAAAUCCGCCUUUUUGCUUAACAUUCCAUGGGUAGGUCCGAUAUUACGUCCCGGGGGUGCAUGUGGAUUAUUCCUCUUACGACGUCUUCAAAGAAAGGGAAAAAAAUAAUCAUCAAAAAAAAUUGCGGCGUUCUUCCCUUGAUUCUGCGGCGACAGAAAAUGUGCACCGAAUGCGCAAAAAGUGUGCGCAGUACAAGAAGCCGAGGAGGAGGGGACAGGAUCCCUAUUCUCCUUCCAUGCGCUAUUUUUUUUAUAUAUACGCCUUUUAUCUGUAUGGACACGGAGACACUCCUCCCCCCAGUGGAUGCUUGGACACGGGUGGGUGACACACACGGACCAGCCCACCUCUCUUAAAGGGGAGUGGACAUGGGCGGUGGGUUAUUUAGUGUUCAAGCAGCCGGCGCGCCACAACAAAGGGUUAAUAAAUGGCCGUGACAUGGGUUUAUGCACGGCUGCAUUCAACCUUAGCAUCACAUAUUUGCAACUAUAAACCCCACAGUAAACGCGAUUUAAGUCUGUCCCUGUUUUGUUUUGGCGCAGUGCACUGGAAAUGACGUGUCUAACCUCCUGUUGGUUACAUGCAUGGCGUAAUUUCAGUAUUCAUAUCAUUUUAAUACGUAAUGUGUCAUAUUGCAUUCAUAAUAUCGCUAUUAUUUCCAUAGGGGUGUAUAUUUUGCACAAAAACGCAAGGCUUUCCGGUCCCGGAUAUCACGUCGCCCAGCGUAAUGACGUCACACAAGAAUACUCCCAUUUCCCAGCCUCCUCCGGCUGUUGAUCGAAAACGUUGAUUUCUCUCGUAUUUCCUGCAGUCAGUUCAUAGAGAUGUAAAAAGACGCGAUGUCUGUGAGUGUUAUUGUAUAUGUUUAUAUUUUUUUAUUUAAUAGCUACCAAGAAAUUAGUCGAUUCAUUAAACUGACACGUCAUGCGUCACGUGAGGCACCCGGAAGCUUACUUCUGUAUUCUUGCAUUUUCUCCCAGUCGUCCCACUAAAAUAACAUAAUUUACGCAGCAUAUCCAUUUUGUUUUAUAUAUUUAUAUCGUUAAGGUAAUCCGAGGAAACUACUCGAGACACGAGCGCCUGUCAUCACCUCAAGGUGACGUACCCGGAAGUGUGGCCACGUCGCCAAGUACUACGGGGAAUAGAAAACUACACAAUAGCCAUGGCACACUUUCAGGAAGUGUCAAAACGGUCCACUUUGCAUCCUAAACCUGCAGGCUUGGUUUUGCAGUAUGGCACUGCUGGCUUCAGGACCAACGCCAAGCAUCUGGACCACAUCAUGUUCAGGAUGGGGCUGGUGGCCACUCUGCGGUCCAAAAAAACGAAAGCAGCCAUCGGAGUCAUGGUCACCGCCUCUCACAACCCUGAGGAGGACAACGGUGUGAAGCUGAUUGAUCCCAUGGGUGAGAUGUUGACUGCAGCAUGGGAAGGCCACGCCACUCAUCUGGCCAACGUGGAGCAGCAGGAGUUACCUUCCGUGCUCGAAGACAUGAUAGAGAAAGAAAGCAUAGACAUGAGCCAGGAAGCAGUUGUGUUUGUGGGCAAAGACACCAGGAGCAGCAGUGACAGCCUCUCACAAGCAGUGCUGGAUGGAGUGCAUGCGCUGCAUGGUCACAGCAAAGAUUAUGGGUUGGUGACCACCCCACAGCUCCACUACAUGGUGCGCUGUCACAACACACAGGGGCUCUAUGGUGAGGCCACAGUGGAAGGCUACUACAGCAAACUCUGCCAGGCUUUCAUUGAGCUCACCAAGAAUACACCCAACCGCACAGAUGACCAGAAGCACCUGACUGUGGACGGCGCCAACGGCAUCGGUGCGCUGAAGGUACGCGAGAUGGAGCACCACCUCAAGAGGGAGUUGCAGGUUUCGCUCUUCAACCACGGCGAUGGACAGCUCAACCACCAGUGUGGUGCCGAUUUUGUGAAAGUGCAGCAGAAACUUCCAACAGGCAUAAAGGUGAACACGGGCGAGCGCUGCUGUUCAUUUGACGGCGACGGCGACCGCAUCAUAUAUUACUACACCAGCUCAGAUGGACGUUUCCAUCUGCUGGAUGGAGACAAGAUAGCAACGCUCAUCAGCACUUUUCUGAAAGAGCUGCUCAUCCAAGCCGGUCUGAAUUUGAAGUUAGCAGUGGUACAAACCGCGUACGCUAACAGCAGCUCAACACACUACCUGGAAGACAGCAUGAAGGUGAUCGUGAGGUGCACAAAGACUGGAGUGAAGCACCUUCAUCAUGCGGCACAGGAGUUUGACACGGGGGUGUACUUUGAGGCCAACGGCCACGGAACGGUGCUGUUCAGCAAGGCAGCUGAGGAGAAGAUAAAGCAGCUCGCUGACGACCCAAACACAGACGACACCAGGAAAAGAGCAGCUCUUCUGCUGCGGCACACCAUCAAUGUCAUUAACCAGACUGUAGGUGACGCCAUCUCUGACAUGCUGCUAAUAGAGGCUAUAUUAGCCCUGAAGGGAAUGACUGUGCAGCAGUGGGACGCCAUCUACACCGACCUGCCCAACAGGCAGCUGAAAGUCAAGGUGUCGGAACGCAGGGUGGUUGACACGGCCGACGCCGAGAGACGCGCCGUGAGCCCCGCGGGCCUGCAGGACGCCAUUGACGGCCUGGUGAAGAAAUACAGACACGCUCGCUCCUUCGUGAGGCCGUCUGGCACAGAGGAUGUCGUGAGAGUUUACGCCGAGGCCGAGACUCAGGAGAGUGCUGACUCCCUUGCACAUGAAGUCAGCCUUGCAGUGUAUCGCCUCGCUGGGGGGGUGGGAGACGAACCCAAACCUUUGCACUAGACAACAAAACAACACUGUUUUGUAUUUGAAAAAGACUGGAAGCAGACAUGCUCAAACCUCGCACUGUACGUGUAAUAGUGUACUUGUAGCUUUUUGCUGAGGUGACGUUAUACCUGCCAUCAUUAUCACACCACUACGACACUACGAAAGCAUUAGAAACACAAUCAAGGGUAUUUUUAUUACAGGAAAUGUACUUUGUUGUUCUUGUUGGGUUAAUUUUGGUUCAUGGUUCAUGGUUUUAAUUCAUCUUGAACAUGCAUACAAGUCAAACAGUUGCACAUCACACAAUACAGUUCACAGUUUUGCAUGUCCAAAAAGGAGUAGGAAGAAGCAAAGCUUAUUUAAUCCUACCCCUCAUCAGCUUCACAUCAAUUGCAAUACAUUCACUCCCUCUUGUUCUUCCAGGUAUGCUUUGUAAGGCUACAUGACAAUGUAGUGCGAUCAUAACAAGGUUUUCACUUACUAAAAGGAAGCUACAGGCAUAAUGAUAACUGAUAGAAUGAUUGAAGAAGUGUUUGAUUGACAAUGAAUGAGUACAGACCAUGUAGUCACCACAAUGAAAAGUUAAUAGUCAGUAUAGUAAUGGUUAGAUGUAGUAUUGUAUGUACACAGUGGUUCAGGUCUCUUCUUCUUUGUAUUUUGUGAACAUCAACUGCUUGUACUUUUUCUUAAAAUGGCUCAUUGUUGUGCAUUGUUUGAGUUCCUUAUUCAAUCCGUUCCACAACUUGAUUCCACAUACAGAAAUGCUGAAAGUUUUCAGUGUUGUCCGUGCAUAAAGGUGUUUUAGGUUAAAUUUUCCUCUCAGAUCAUAUUUCUCCUCUCUUGUUGAUAAGAAUUGUUUUACAUUUUUCGGUAGAAGGUUAUUGUUUGCUUUAUGCAUAAUUUUAGCCGUCUGAAGGUUUACUAGAUCCGCAAAUUUUAAUAAUUGUGAUUUUAUAAAUAAGGAAUUUGUGUGUUCUCUGUAAGCAGCAUUAUGGAUGAUCCUGAGUGACCUUUUUUGUAGCACAGUUAGUGGCUGAAGUGCACUUUUAUAGUUAUUGCCCCAUAACUCGGCACAGUAAGUUAGAUAUGGUAAUAUCAGUGAACAGUAGAGCGUAUGUAGUGCUUUUUGGUCAAGGACAAAUUUAGCUUUAUUCAGUAUUGAGGUGUUUCUUGCCACUUUAUGUUUUACAUUUUUAAUGUGAGAUUUCCAGUUCAUCUUCUCAUCUAUUAUAACCCCGAGAAAUUUAUUUUUGUUUACCCUGUCAAUGUCUACCCCAUCAAUUUGUAUUUGCUGGUACGUUUCCUUUUUACACUUACCAAAUAGCAUUACUUUAGUUUCACUGAGGUUCAGUGAUAGUCUGUUUUUAUCAAACCAUCUUUUUAGUAGAGUUAGUUCAUCUGUGAUGUGUUGUACUAGCUCUGGUGUGCUGUCUCCAGAACAUAAUGCGAUUGUAUCGUCUGCAAAUAAUACUAGCUUUAGGUCUCUUGGGACUUGACAGAUGUCGUUUAUAUAUAGAUUGAAUAGUUUUGGUCCUAGAAUUGACCCCUGGGGAACGCCGCAUGAUAUGUUUAACUCCUCGGACGUAUGUUCUCCUAGCUUCACAUAUUGCCUCCUGUCAGCUAAGUAGCUUUUAACCCAGUUCAAGACUAACCCUCUGAUUCCAUACCUUUCUAGUUUAGUGAUUAGAAUAUCAUGAUUAAUUGUGUCAAAGGCUUUUGUUAAAUCCAUAAAUACUGCAGCCGUGCACUUUCUAUGAUCUAUAGCAUUGGUGAUUUCCUCUGUAAUUUCUAUCAGUGCCAUGGAAGUUGAAAUGUUGCUUCUGUAUCCGUAUUGACUCUCCGUGAGUAACUCAUUUUUUUUAUAAAAUUGUCCAACCUGUUAUUAAAUAGUUUUUCAAUGAUUUUGGAAAAUUGUGGCAGUAAGGACACUGGUCGGUAAUUUAUGAAUUGAUGUUUGUUUCCAUUUUUAAAGAUUGGAACUACUUUAGCUAUUUUCAUUUUAUUUGGGAAUUUACCUGUCUGGAAUGAUAGGUUGCUAAGGUACGUUAGCGGUUGUACAAUCUCAUUUAUAACCCUUUUUAUCGUUUCCAUUUCUAUUCCGUUGCAAUCGGUUGAUGUUUUUGCUUUGAAUUUGUUGACAAUAUCAAUGAUUUCCUUUUGUGUGACGUUAGUGAGGAACAUGGAAUUGGGAUUCUUGUCUAUGAUCUCAUUUCUUUCUUCUACUGGUGGGUAAUUUGGGAUCUUUGUUUCCAGUUCCGGUCCAAUAUUUACGAAGUAGUUGUUGAACUUUUCAACUACCUGAUUCAUAUUAUCAUAUUUAUCAUUUCUAUCUAUAAAAUAAAGAGGGUAGUCUUUCUUUGCACCGUUCCGUAUAAUACUGUUUAGAAUGCCCCAUGUUGCUCUAGUGUUGUUUUUAUUCUUGAUUAAUAAUUGACUAUAAUAGUCUUUCCUACACACUCUCAGGAUGUUUGUUAACUUAUUUUUGUAUGCUUUAUAUAUUUUUUAGAAUGAUAAAUCUCCUAUAUAGUGUAUUUUUCUUCUUACAGGCAUUUAGUAGUCCCUUGGUCAUCCAUGGCUGAUUUCUCUUCCUUUGCUUAUUAAAUACUUCUCUCAGUGGACAAUGUCUGUUAUAGCACUUCAUGUAGACAUUAAGAAAGUUUUUAUACGCCUCGUUCACAUCAUUCUCACUAUAUACGCACUCCCAUCUUUGUUUUUCCAAAUCUUUCCUAAAAGCACUAAUACUUUCCUCUGUAUGUGAUCUUCUGACUGUCCUGAUAUCGUCCUUCUUUCUCUUUUUAUAGUUUUCAUUAUAAAUCGUAAACACCGGAAGAUGGUCAGUAAUAUCAUUAAUUAACAGUCCACUUGUCGUGUUGUCGUCGAAAUCAUUGGUAAAUAUGUUGUCAAUUAAUGUUGCGCUGUGAUCUGUAAUUCUGCUUGGCCUGGUGAUUUUUGGAUAAAGACGUAAACUGUUCAUUGUAUCUAUAAAGUUAUCUUUUCUGUUUUGGUUGUUUGAAUUUAGAAGGUCAAUAUUGAAAUCUCCACAUAAAAAGAUUAUUUUUUGGCUAGUGUCUGUCAAUGUUGCUUUGAUCCAAUCCUCAAAUAUUUCAAUGCUAGACUUAGGUGUUCUGUAUAUACAACUUAUUAGUACAUUUUUACUUUUCUCUUUACUGAUUUCAAUAGUUAUGCAUUCUAGAAUGUUAUCAAUAGCAAUUGACAUGUUCUUUACCACUUUAUAAAUCAGAUUUUUAUCCACAUACACAGCCACUCCUCCUCCACUUUUGUUGUUCCUAUUGACGUAGUUCAUGUCAUAACCUUCCAGCUCAAAGUCCACGCCUUUGUAGUCAUUAAUCCAAGUUUCUGAGAUAGCGAUUAUUUUAAAGGGUUCCUUAAAUAGACUCAAGUAUUGUUUGAUGUUAUUAUAAUUUGCAUACAUACUUCUACUAUUAAUGUGAAUGAUUGACAACUGAUUGCCUAUAUUAAAGUUGUCAUUGUAUUGUUCAUCUGUAUAGUAGCAGCAGUCAUUUCUGAUAUGAGAAAAGAAGUUUGUGUCUGGGUCUAUGUCUUCCUCCAAUAUUGUUUGUAUGUGUUAUGAAAUGUAGUAGUAUAAUGUCUACAUAUGUUAACCAGCUACCAUCGUCAUGAGGUCAAUCAUGAGCUAUUAUCAAUAAGACAAUUUGUAUUAUAUUAGUUUCUCCAGAUCCUUCAGACUCCUGACCAUUAGUACUUUUGCUUGUUCUGGUGUUCUGGUGCUUGUUUGGGAACAAAUUGCUGCACACUGCUUUGGUCGUAUCCACUUGUCUCUGACAAUGUGGGCUGUGGCUUCUCCUUGGCACUAUGGUACUGCUCUGUAUUUGUUUAUACGCGUGACACAAGACACACUUCCUGGCUCUAACUCAAUGUGUGCGAUGUGGGAUAGUGGUACGCUUCUGUACUGUACCGGGAAAAUCAGAUUACGAAUACAUGUACCAUUACACCGCUACAUAAUAACUGUCGUUAAUUCCUGGGUCAUUUUUACACUCCCAGUCUCCAUUAACAUUUGAUCUACUGUGUAAAUUGCCUUUUUAAUUUUGUAAAUAAUAAAACAAUCACAUCUGUUUACAUCUGUUCUAACGAUUCCUGGGUGGAACUGGAAAUAAAUAAUGCAAAAAUACAUACACCAU